AUGGGAAACAUACCGACCUGUUGUGUGUGUCCCAGGACCAGCCCUGAGUUGGACCAGCACCAGGGCUCAGUGUGUCCCUGUGGGUCUGCGAUCUAUGAGGCAGCAGCUAGCGACAUGACAGCAGGAGUGCUUUUGGCUGCUGCUGUGGAGCCUGGUGAGGUGACUUUUGAAGCUGGUGAGGGCCUCCAAGUGCACCACAUCUGUGAACGGGAGAUGCCUGAAGAUAUACCUUUGGAGUCCAACCCUUCUGACCAUCCAGAGGCAAGCACAAUAUUUCUGAGAAAAUCUCCAACAGAUGUACAAGAGAAAAAAAGCAACUAUACAAAUCAUGUAUCUACUGAGCAUUUUACUCUACAAUACAGUUCAUAUUUGACAAUAUUCCUUGAUGACAGCACAGUCAGUCAACCUCAUUUUACAGUGAUACUAAAAUCACUGACCUUGGCGAUAUAUUGUCAUAUCAAGCAAAGAGAUGUAGAUAGAUCUUUGGACAUUUUUUAUGAAUGGUUACACCCACUUACAUGAGAAGAGGUUUUGGAGGAAUAUUUUAAGUAUGAUCCUGAACACAAAUUGAUUUUCAGAUUUGUUCGUACUCUGUUUAAAGCCAUAAGCAUCCUUGAAUAUGGAACUAUAUCUUUGACAGCUGGCAGAGAAAUUUCCCAGGACGCGGUGUUUGAGGCCAGCGCGGCGUUUGCAGUGGCUGCUCCCGCCAGGACAGCUCAGGGGGAUGCUCCCGAGAAUCCUGAGCCCGCCUCCUGUCCCGGCCUGGUCUGGGGUCCCCAGACCCAGCCUCUGACGGGCCACCCCCAGCGCUGCCCUGCCCGCAGCUCCGGGCUGCGCUCCCCACGAAGAGUUAUUCCCAUCCUGGCCCCCAAGCGUCUCAAGUCCCCGCCUCAGGCUCCUGGGGGCCUCCCCUGCAAGGGCGCCAGGUCCUCGACAUCUGCCAGUGAAUCCGCGUCCAAGGAGGAGGGCGUGGCGGGGGCGGAAGCGACAACCACACGACCCAUGACAGUGGCCAAGCCUUAG